ACCAUCUUUUCACUUUACAAGUUUGGAGCAGAGACAGACAGAGAGAGAGAGAGAGAGAGAGAGAUGGCAGCAGCACAAGACAGCAGUGAAUUUUGCGAAGCAUUUCCAAUGAACGGCGGAGAUGGACCCAACAGCUACGCCAACAACUCCACUGUCCAGGGAAAAUAUGUGGAUUUUGCCAAACAACUUACAGUCAAGGAAAUUGCAGAAAAGCUUGACAUAGAAAUUUUUCGAUCUUCCAACACCUUUCGGAUUGCGGAUUUGGGUUGCUCCGUUGGGCCUAACACAUUUUCUGUGGUUGAAACCAUACUCGAGGCCGUGCAGCUCAAGUAUCAAUCUAAUAUGAUGAAUUCCCAAUUCCCCGAAUUUCAAGUUUUCUUCAAUGAUCACACUGCGAACGAUUUUAACACGCUCUUCAAAUCCCUCCCUCGCAACAGGCGAUACUAUGCAGCCGGCGUGCCUGGUUCUUUCCAUGGUCGCAUAUUUCCUAACGCUUCAAUUCAUUUUUUCUACUCUUCUUUCACAGUUCAUUGGCUUUCUAGAGUGCCAAAAGAUGUAGCGGACAGAUACAGUCCUGCUUGGAACAAAGGGAGAAUCGAAUACUCAAAUUCAACCGAUGAAGUAGUAAGGGCUUACGAAGCUCAACAUGCUGAGGACAUGGAGUGCUUUCUGAAUGCCAGGGCACAAGAGAUUGUGCGCGGAGGACUGAUGGUACUCAUCGUUCCAGGCCGCCCCAAUGGUACCCCUCAUUUGGCAAGUGCGACCUUCCAACUUUUAGGAGCUUGCCUAAUGGAAAUGGUUAGAAAGGGUGUUAUUCUGGAAGAGAGAGUAGAUUCUUUCAAUGUACCUAUGUAUUUCACGUCUGCUCAAGAACUGGAAGCCGUUGUAGAGCAAAACGGAUGUUUUAGCAUAGAGAGAAUGGAACAUUUGCCUCACAUGAACGUAGAUGACAGUGUCUUGGCAAACUUUGCAUCUCAUCUGAGGGCAAUCUUGGAGGGACUCAUCAAGCAGCAUUUCGGAGAAGAAAUCCUAGACGAGCUUUUCGACUUGUACAGUAAGAAGUUUGAAGAGCAACGGUUUAUGAUUGAGUCAGGGAGAACAAUCCAGUUUUUUGUUGCGCUAAAACGCAAGGAAAUUUGAUUUGAAUGUGCUGUUGUGAAUGUUAUAAUUUAUGAACCUAUAGCUGUAUUUUCUUUGCUCAUUAUUAUGCUUGGCGUUUUAUUAUGACUACCGGACAUUUUGCUUAUUUAAAUUUGUAGAACAAAAGUUUGUAUCGAAUCUUCA